CACACGUCGCUUAUAGCUAUAGCCGUCUCCCUCCCCCCGAACUUCCCCGUCGUCACCGUCAAAGCUGGCGACGCGGUCCGACGUAGGAUUCUCCAAUGUCAGAGUCACAACAGCAGCCGGGACAGCCUCCAACUCACCAACAUCCACAGCAUCUGCAAGCGCAUCCACAACUCCAACAGUUCCCGCAACAGCACCUCCAGCAACUUCCGCAACAUCUGCAACAGAACUUGCAGCAGCGGCAACAACAACAACAACAACAACACGUCCAGCAGCCUCUCACGUCCCUGCCCCCACAACAACACCCCGGCGCGCAAUUCCUCACCAACAACCCGCUGGUGCAGACGAGAUAUCAAUAUGCAGUGCCAGGGUCCGUGCCCGGGUCCAUGGCCGGCGGCCCGUUUCCUGGUCCUGGUAUGCAGUACCUACAGCAAGGGCAACAGAUACAGCAACAGCAACGCUUUCAACCACAGCAAGUUUUGAUGCAGCCGGUUGCAGGCUUGAUGCCCAUGGGAAUGCAGCAGGGUCCCAUGUACUUCCAAUAUCCGCAAGCCCAGCAGCAGUUGCAGCAGAUGCAACCGUCAAUACAGCAACAUCCCCAAUAUGUGAUGCAGCAACAAGGUGGGCGGCCGAUGCUAGCUGGGCCGCCUAUGCAGCAGCAGCAGCCGCAGCAGCAGAUCAGGCAGGAUGGUGGGAUGUCUCAGCAACAGUAUGCGCCUCCUAAUGCGUACUCGGCGCCACAGCAACAGCAACAGCAACCUCCACCACAACAGUUGCAACAGCAGGGUAUGGUGUCCCAACCCAUGAGCUUUCCCCAGCAACAGCGACCGCCGAUGGCGUCGAACUCGUUCCAGAACGGAUCGACUGGUCAAAUACGAGCACAGCCAGGAACGGUGCAAAGCUCCCCGCGACCGACUCCUCCGGCAGGUCCACCUGUAAGUCAAGCUACAAUCAAUCAGGUUCUGGAGAUCAACCAGCAUUUGAUACAUGUGCUGUUGCGGUUGCAAGGCCAUCCAGGGGCUGAUCCCCAAGAAUACAGGAGAUAUCAAGAACGACUCCAAACGAAUCUCACAUUCCUAGCAACAACCGCCGACCACUCUCUGAAACCCGACAAAGCCCGUCUCAUAGCUCCCGCGCCCAUUCCCGACCUGACGGCAGUAUUGUACCCGAAAUUCAUGAGCCACAUCCCGCUCCCACGUCCAGACGCAAGCCCGUCGUCCCAAGACCCGGCCUUCAAACCCGAAUCGGGUGGAUCGCCGCAUAACAAUCCCUCUCCACGUGCGGGAUCACCGCACGCUCCGCACAAUAACGGGGAGAGACAUAGCAAUUCACCACUGCUGCGGUCCGACCAGCCCGUGACCUCAGCGUCGGGGACGCCGUCUGUGCCGCAUGGAAAGGCGCCUGUGGGGGUUUCGGGGAAUGUGGAGUAUCAGAGGAUGUCACCGUAUGGACCGCCGGCGGGGUCGCCGAGUGUUCAGCAUCAGAUGCCGGGGCAAGGACAAGGGCAAAGCCAGGGACAGGUGCCGAAUCCGUAUACUGGGCAAGGGCAAAACCAAGGACAGGGGCCAAAUCCCUAUGCUGGGCAAGGGCAAAAUCAAUGACAGGGGCCGAAUCCGUAUCCCGGGCAAGGGUAUACGCCGGGGAAUUGAGCCACUGCAGUGAGAUGGACGGAGGGUCGGUGUUGGUAUGCCAUGGCCGAUUCUGGGGAUUGUCAAGGCCCAGUGAAGAACGAAUCUAUCUUCGCGCAGAGUCGAGGAAAUGAAGUCGGCCAAGCAGCGCAUCGAGGAACAUAAAACAGCUGAAUGCAAAAUGCAGCAAAGUGCAGGAAGAGAAAUUGGCGGAGGAGUCGCGACAAGUAAGAGUCGCAA